AUGGCACUGCCUCCCUCCCUGCUGCUCCCAGGGGCUCUGCUGGUGGCCGACGCCCUGUCCCUGUCCCUGUCCUUACUGGGCCCGCUGGUGCUGGCGCUGGUGCGGCUGGGCCUGGCGGGCACGUGUCUCGAGGCUGCCCUGCGCCUGCCCCUCCUGGCUGCAGCCUCCCGGCUCCUGUCCCCUCUCUAUCCCCCCGGGGCCACCACCACGGCUGCCAUGGCCACCAUCGCCGUCACCCCCGUGGCCUUCAUGGCCCUGCGGAACCUCCUGGGCCUGCCCGGCCCUGGGCCCGGCCUCUUGGCGGCUGCAGCACCCGCCUGGCUCGAGGUCACCCACGCGGCUGCCACGCUGACCCUGCUGGCCUGGGACGACCCCCGCACCCUGGGUGGUGUCCCCAAAGCUCCCGGGGGUGUCCCCGAGGUCCCCGGAGGUGUCUGGAGGGUCCUGGUGCUGGCCUGCUCCAAGUGGAAAGUCUUGGGAGCCGCCUUCCUGUGCCUUGUGGUGGCAGCCGCCAGGGAGACUGUGGGGCCCUGCAUCACCGGGAAGGUUCUGGACGCCAUCCAGAGAGGCCAUGGACUCACCACUGGAGCCGUGGGGAUGGUGGUGGCCGCCAAAGCAGCCAGUGUCCUGUUCCCCGGGGGCCGCGGGUGGCUCUUCCUGCUGGCGGCGGCGCGUCUGCGGCAGAGCCUGCACCUCUGGCUCUUCUCCUACCUGCUGCACCAGGACCUGGAUUUCUUCCAGGGAAUGCCAGCAGCCGAGCUGUCGGCGCAGUUCUCCGCGGAGGUGCCGCUGGUGUCCAUGGCGGUGCCGAGGGGGACCAACCUGCUGCUCCGGAGCAUGGGAAUGGUGCUGGUGGUGGGUGCGGCCAUGGUCCAGCUGGUGCCGGGGCUGGCGCUGCUGGAGCUGCCCCUCGGGAUCACCGCCCAGCGCAUCCACAGUGCCCGGAGACGGGCUCUGCAGCGAUCCAUGCUGGAAGCAUCCACCCGGACGGCCUCGGGGGUGCAGGAAUCCAUCGCCGCCCUGGAGACAAUCUGGAUCUUCCUGGCAGAGGAGGAGGAGGACGAGCGGCACAGCCGGAACCUGGACGAGGAGCUGAGGCUGAAGGAGUGGAUGAAGCUGGAGCUGGCGGGAUUCACCCUCAUCCAGAGGAUGCUCCAGCUGGCCAUCUGGGUCCUGGUGCUCUUCCAGAGCCACCAGCAGCUCCGAGAUGGAUCCAUCACUCCUGGGGUGCUCGUCACCUCCCUGCUGUACCAGGACACAGUCGACCACCACAUCAAGGUGCUGCUCUGUGGCUUCAACGAGUUCACUGCCAACAUGGCUGCCGGGCAGAAAAUCUGGGAAUACCUGGAUCAGAAACCUGCCAGGUACAUUGGGGGAAUGCUGGAGCCCCCCCAGCUCCAGGGCCAUGUUGCCUUCCAGAGGGUCUCCUUCACCUAUCCCGGAAAUCCUGAGCGCCUCGUGCUGAGGGAUGUGUCCCUGGAGCUGCAUCCCAGGGAGGUGACGGUGCUGGUGGAGCCCAACAGGAGCGGGAAGAGCACGGCUGUGGUGCUGCUGGAGCGGCUGCGGGAUCCUGGGAGCGGGGAGGUGCUGCUGGAUGGGAUACCCCUGCGAGAAUACGAGCACCGGUACCUGCACCGGCAGUUACGUUUAAAAUGA